UAAAUCGUAGAAUGUGGAUGAGGAUGGCUGUUGGAAAAGAAACAAUUAGUGGAAAAAAUUAAUGCAUGCGGAAAAAUGAAUGAGACAAUGGCUGGUCCCAGGAAUGAUGACCACAUCAUAGCUGAGGGCAAAAACUACAUUGUCAUCAAAGGUUCAUUCAUGAAGCUUGCCAAACUGAAGACCCAGAAACAGUGCCAGCUGGGCAGGACGGCUGUGGAUGUGGCCGGCCUGCUCGGCCACCCAGUGGGCACCCAGUUCAAGCUGCGCCCAGGCACUGGUCGCCAGCGUCUGCUGCAGGCCGAGCCCGUUCAGCGGAUGGAGGACCUGGCAGAUGUCAUCAGCACAGACGAGAGCGCCGCCGACAACAGGAACCUGGUGGCGGACCCCAGCUCCCAGUCUCUCACACGUGAGAACAUCAUGGCGAUGAGGGACCAGGGGGUGACCGGGAAGGAGAUCGUCAACACCAUCGUUGACAACAGCACCUCAUUUCAGGGAAAGACUGAGUAUUCACAGGCGAAGUACGUACGCAAAAAGCAGAAGAAAUAUUUUGAAUUCAUCAGCGUGCACGAGCCCACCGCCCGUUUGGUCGCCAGUAUGUACUACAUGCAGGACCCGCUGAAAAUCAUGAACCUGCGGGUGGACUCGCUGAGUCAGCUGCUGACUGCGUGCAGCGUGCGUGCGGGCGGCCGGUACCUGCUGCUCGAGUCCGGCUGUCUGGGCGUGGUCGUGGCCGCCGUGCUGGAGCGGCUGGGCGGCCGUGGCCGGCUGGUGCACCUCUUUCAGGGAGGCGUGCCACAGAGGCAGGCGGUGGACGCGAUCAACUUCAGCGAGGCGGAGCUGGCGUGCCUGACCUGCCUGGACCUGCCGACGCUGACGUCACGCCUUCCCCCCGGAUCGGCCCCGGCUGACCUCAGCGGCAGGGGCGCCGCUGGCGGUGUGGAGGUCACGCUCGCUGAUGGCGCGGCACCACCGACCGCUGACGAGGCCACCCCCAGUAACGGCGGCGGGGCGACGUGCCCUGCCGGCGCUGAGGUGGCCCCCGCUAACGGCGCCGAAGUGACGCCAGUGGGCGGCCGUGAGGCGGCCCCCAGCUGUGACGGUGUGGCGGUGUCGUCGGUGAUCGCCAGCGCCGCAUCCAGCACUGGCGCUGGCGCGGCGCCCGCUGAGGACCAGGUGAUGUCCAGUGUCGGCGCUGAGGGAGCGGAGAAGGACCAGGUGCUGCCCAGUGUCGGCGCUGAGGGAGUGGAGAAGGACCAGGUGCUGUCCAGUGUUGGCGCUGCGGGAGCGGAGAAGGACCAGGUGCUGCCCAGUGUCGGCGCUGAGGAAGCGAAGGACGCGGGAGGUGCGCCCGGCGCGGCUGAACCGGUCGCAGACGGCAACAGCGGGACGGAGGCGCCACGGAAACGUCGGCUCAGUGAUGAGCAGGCCGGCAGUGCGCCCAAAAAGUCGAAGUACGCGCGGACCAGGGCCGAGGACUCGGCGCUGGCGCUGGAGCUGCUGUCAGCGGCCGACAUGGACGGCUUGCUGCUGUGCUGCCGCCAGCACCCGCUCAACCUGCUGCGCUACCUCAUCGACUUCGUGGCGCCGUCGCGGCCGUUCGCCGUCUUCUGUCCCUACAAGGAGCCUCUCCUGGAAUGUUACUUCGCGAUGAAAGCCAAGGGCUGCAUCAUGCUGAGGGUGACGGAGACCUGGCUUAGGAAUUAUCAGGUGCUGCCCGAGCGGACGCAUCCGGAGAUCAACAUGUCGGGCGGCGGCGGCUACCUGCUCACCGGCCUCAAGGUGGAGCGCACGCUCGGCGCCGCCGAGGCAGAGUGACCGGUCACGGGACGGGCCGGACCGGCUGGUCGGUCACUAAACAAGGCUCGCACUGGGUGGUCGCCGCUCAACAAGGCCCGAACUGGAUGGUCGGCCGCUUAGCAAGACUUGGACCGGGUGGUCGGCCACCAAACAAGGCCCGGACUGGGUGAUCGGUCACUAAUCAAGGCUCGCACUGGGUGGUCAGACACAAAACAGGGCCCGGACUGGGUGAUCGACCGCUUAGCAAGACCCGGACUGGGUGGUGGGUCGCUGAACAAGGCCCGGACUGGGUGGUCGACCGCUUAGCAAGACCCGGAUUGGGUGGUCGGCCGCUGCACAAGGCCCGCACUGGGUGGUCGACCGCUUAGCAAGACUUGGACCGGGUGGUCGGCCACUAAACAAGGCCGGGGUUGGGUGGUCGGCCGCUGAGCAAGACUCAGACCGGGUGGUCGGCCACUAAACAAGACCUGGACUGGUGAUCGGACGUUGGGUGGCGCACGCAGUCUGAGCAUGUGUCGACAUUUGUAUGUAUUUUUGCUGGAUAUAAAGCCAUGGAGUCGUGGCCCUGUUUCGGGCGGUUCGAUGGUGUUGUGGCUGCUUCGAUAGGAUGCUGCGGCGUCCGCGGUGUGACAAACCCUGCUGUAAAGAUGAUGCAGUCACCAUGAAGACCCUGGUCCCGUGCCCAGACCUAGCCGCCGCCACACAGACGCACGGCGCAACACGGUCCAGCGCCCAAUAGCUCGUCAUAGGCCCUCCCCGUCUUCCAAAGAACGCAGAAUGCGAACACAAUGCGGAAAAAGGCACUACGCAGC